AUGUUUUAUUCUUCUUUGAUCAAAUGCCUUCCUCUGUUGGUAUGUGCCAAUGCUCAACUGCUAGAUAUCCCGCAAGUGGAUAAGCUAGUCAGUUCUGCUAUGCGCCCCUUCAAGCAGUAUACGUCCUUCAACGCCCCUACGGAGAUUGCGAAACUCGCCGCGGCCGUGCAAACAAAUGCUGUAAAGGUUGAGUCUGCUGUUGUUGCGGCGGCAGCAGCAGACACUGCGUAUUGGCUGGCGGACAUUGCUCACCAAGGCAUUGCUGCUUUCAAUUCGAACCCUUCAGGAUAUACAGUCUUCCGCAAUGUGAAAGACUACGGCGCCAAAGGUGACGGCGUGACCGAUGAUACCGCAGCUAUCAACGCGGCCAUUAGUGCAGGAGGUCGUUUUGGGCCCGCAAGCAGACAGUCCUCCACCACAACUCCCGCAACAGUCUACUUUCCCUCCGGAACAUACAUUAUCUCCAGUUCGAUCAUUGAUUACUAUUUCACCCAGCUGAUUGGUAACGCGAAUGCCAUACCAGUUAUCAAAGCAACUGCAGGUUUUGUUGGCCUGGGGCUAAUCGACGGUGACCAAUACCAGAGCGAUGGAAAUCAGGGUUGGGGAUCGACCAAUGUGUUUUUUAGACAGAUUCGCAAUUUGAAAUUGGACCUGACUGCUAUCCCUGCUGGUACUGCUGCAACGGGUAUUCAUUGGCCGACUGGUCAAGCAACCAGCAUUGAAAAUGUCCAGAUUGCUAUGAGCGCAGCUUCUGGGACUCAGCAUCAGGGUAUCUUUAUUGAAAAUGGAUCCGGGGGCUGGUUGUCCGAUGUGACCAUCACUGGUGGUCUCUACGGAGCCAAUGUGGGCAAUCAGCAAUUCACAAUGCGCAACUUGGUCAUCUCAAAUGCGGUGACUGCGAUUUCUCAAAUCUGGGAUUGGGGCUGGACUUACCAAGGCUUGGUAAUCACCAACUGCCAAACUGCCAUCUCAAUCAGCAAUGGUGGCGUCGGCAACCAGCUUGUUGGCUCAGUCAAUAUCCUCGAUAGUACCAUCACAAACUGCCCUACCUUUGUGACAACCGCUUGGCAGAGCUCGACGCUCUCAACUGGCAGUCUUAUUUUGGAGAACAUUGCUUUGAGCAACGUCCCAGUUGCAGUCAAAGGCGCAAGCAGCACUGUCCUCGCCGGUUCAACAGGGACGUCUACUAUCGCUGCCUGGGGCCAGGGUCACAAAUAUACUCCGAGUGGUCCUACCAAUUUCCAAGGUUCAUUUACUCCACCAACACGCCCAAGUGCCUUGCUUGCUAGUGGAUCAACGAAAUAUUACACUAAGACUAAGCCCCAAUAUUCCCAGUCACCGGUGGCUUCCUUUGUCAGCAUCAGAAGCGCGGGUGCCAAGGGAGAUGGUUCAACCGAUGAUACAACCGCCAUUCAAUCUGCCUUGACCUCUGCCGCAGCUGCUGGUAAAAUUUUAUUCUUUGACCAGGGAACAUACAAGGUCACUCGGACUCUCUAUGUUCCCCCCGGCUCUCGGAUCGUCGGCGAGGCAUAUCCGGUCAUUAUGGCCAGCGGAAGUACAUGGGCGAGUAUUACCAAGCCCAUCCCCGUUGUUCAAGUCGGCAAAUCUGGGGAAUCUGGAUUAGUUGAAUGGUCCGACAUGAUUGUGAGCACCUCAGGCUCUACGCCUGGAGCUGUUCUGAUUGAAUGGAACCUGGCUGGGACAUUGGGAUCAGGAAUGUGGGAUGUUCACACGCGCAUUGGAGGAUUCCAAGGAUCUCAGCAGCAGGUCGCUCAAUGUCCAACGACCGCAGCAGUCUCUGCGGCUUGUGAGGUUGCUUACAUGUCUAUGCACAUCACCAGCGUUGCUAGCAACGUUUACUUGGAGAACGUUUGGCUUUGGACUGCCGAUCAUGAUCUUGAAAGCCCCACAAACACCCAGAUCUCGAUCUACUCUGGGCGUGGUCUUUUGGUGGAAGGCAAGAAUGUUUGGCUAUACGGAACCGCAUCUGAGCAUCAUUCGCUAUACCAGUACCAGUUCUCGAGCGCCAGCUCGAUUGUGGCCGGAUAUGUUCAGACAGAAACCCCAUAUUACCAACCAAACCCGAAUGCAGCAAACGGCCCAUAUCCUACCAACUCGGCACUCAACGAUCCCAACUACAGCAGCUGUCUCGGAGGAAAUUGUGACUCGCUUGGUCUCCGCGUUCUCAAUUCCAAGAACGUGGUCAUCUACGGCGCCGGCUUCUACAGCUUCUUCAAUAACUACAGCACCACAUGCUCUACAUUCCCGCUUCCCGAGAACUGCCAGAGCAUGAUUUUCAGCAUCGAGGGUACCACAACUGGACUAGUGGUUUACGGACUUAACACAGUCGGAACAACUUAUAUGAUUGUCAAGGAUGGAGUUGCGCUCGCGCAGGUCAGCGAUAACUUGGCGACUUAUGCUGCCACUAUUGCCUACUUUACCCUCUAG